AUGACUUCACCAGCUAACUCUUCAAGCGGAUCUUCUCCUCAAAGAAUGAGGGGAAGGCCUAAGAAACGUGAUUAUAUCUCAAAUAACGGGGCUAGCAGUAAUGCAUCGCUCAAUACUAGUGUACGUGUUAGCGAGCGCCAUAAAGUGGCAAAAAAAGUUUUUGAUCCCUCUGAUAAUAAUGUACCUAGCAAGAGAAAAAGAGGUAGACCCGUCGGUUCACUGAAUAAAAAAACUAUUGAGAAAGGACUAUUGAAAGCUGGGCACCAUAAGUCAGGUGCUGAAGGAGCUCCACCAUCUGAAAGUCAAGUGGCCCUGGAUGGAAGUAAUAAAACAAUGCAAUCAUCUUCUGGUAUAUUGAAAUCUAGACCUGAUAACACCUGGCAAGGUCCACAUCGCAAAGCAUGCGUGGUUAGCUGUGAUAUCAAGGAUGUUGGUAUUCUGACUGUGUGCAGUAGUUGCUCCGAUGCCUUUCAUGCAUUAUGUCACUUACCGUGCAUUCCAAAGCGAUUACAAGCUUGGGAUCAGUGGCAAUGCAGUAAGUGUAUGCUAUCUCGACUAACAGUUAUGCAAUCACCCGCCAUAAUUGGUAGAAGUGUGGAUUAUACAGCACAAAGUACGCUGCCUACAGAUCCAUUUUGGAAACCACAUGAACUUGAUAGAGCACCAUCAAAACUUGCCGAUAAUCUACCUGUGGAUCUUAGUAUUCCAGACGUAACAAAUUGGACAGCUGAUGAUGUAUAUAAUUAUUUCACGAAGUAUUUACCAGAAGCAGCUUUAAUUCUUAAAGAACAGGAGUACGACGGCAAAGCAUUGAGUACGGCGCGACGUGAAGAUAUCGUUAGAGGCUUGGGGCUUCCCCUGGGACCUGCGCUAGCCUUGUAUCGUAUUAUAGUAAAAUUACAAACUAGAAAGGAUGACUGGACUAUGUGCUGGGGCUGA